AUGUUCUUCACCUGUUUUUUUUGUCAUGACACUGCAUAGCUUUGUUUUCAAGGAAGUAGUCCAGAACGGUCGCGAGCUCAGCAGAAUAAUUUAGGAGGCUUCAAACUUUUUUUCUCCUUUUACUCACAUCCAACCUGGAGAGACUUUUAAGCAUUGUGCAGUUUUUUAAAUCUUUUUAUUCGCACAAGGGAAAACUCUACGUGUUAUUCUGACAAUUUGAGAUUGAUCAGGACAGAGGAAGUCAAGACGUACCAAACAUUUUUGUUUCCUGAGUCUUGACGGUCUUCCACCACUGCUCACUCUUUCUUAGGAGAUUGGAGGAGGGCGACUUGUGCACCAUGAAUGUUACAUCGCUCUUCUCCUUCACUAGCCCUGCAGUCAAGCGUCUGCUGGGUUGGAAGCAGGGGGACGAGGAGGAGAAAUGGGCAGAAAAAGCUGUGGAUGCACUGGUUAAGAAACUGAAAAAGAAGAAGGGAGCCAUGGAGGAGCUGGAGAGGGCUCUCAGCUGUCCGGGUCAGCCCAGUAACUGCGUGACCAUCCCUCGCUCGCUGGAUGGACGGCUCCAGGUGUCCCAUAGGAAGGGUCUGCCACAUGUCAUUUACUGUCGGGUGUGGCGCUGGCCUGACCUGCAGUCCCACCACGAGCUGAAGGCGCUGGAAUGCUGCGAGUACCCCUUCGGCUCCAAACAGAAGGAUGUGUGCAUCAACCCCUACCACUACAAACGGGUCGAUAGUCCAGUGUUACCUCCCGUUUUGGUGCCAAGGAACAGUGAGUUCAAUCCCAAGAUUUCCAUGCUGCCUCGGUUCCGCAACCCUCUACAGCAGAACGAGCCACACAUGCCCCAGAAUGCCACCUUCCCAGAGUCUUUCGCUCUGGCAAACACUGUACCUUUCCCACAUUCACCGGGAAAUGGCUUUCCUAACUCACCAGGAAGUGGCAGCAGCGUCACUUUCCCACAUUCGCCAUCCAGCUCUGACCCUGGCAGUCCAUUCCAGAUGCCGGAGACCCCCCCUCCUGCCUACAUGCCCCCAGAGGAGCAGAUGACUCAGGAUUGCCCUCAGCCUAUGGACACCAACCUCUUAGCACCACCCUUGCCUCUUGAGAACAACAACCGGGCAGAUAUGCAGCCUGUGGCCUAUGAGGAGCCAAAACACUGGUGCUCUAUUGUUUACUAUGAGCUCAACAAUCGUGUUGGUGAGGCGUUUCAGGCAACUUCCACCAGCGUGCUCGUCGAUGGCUUCACAGAUCCCUCCAACAACCGCAACCGAUUCUGCCUUGGCCUGCUCUCCAACGUCAACCGCAACUCUACUAUUGAGAACACCCGGCGGCACAUCAGCAAAGGGGUCCACCUAUACUAUGUUGGAGGAGAGGUGUAUGCGGAGUGUCUGAGCGACAGUAGCAUCUUCGUCCAGAGCCGUAACUGUAACUACCAUCACAGAUUCCACCCCACAACGGUUUGCAAGAUUCCCAGCAAAUGUAGCCUGAAGAUUUUCAACAACCAGGAGUUUGCUGAGUUGUUGGCCCAGUCUGUCAACAAUGGCUUUGAAGCUGUUUAUGAGCUCACCAAGAUGUGCACCAUCCGCAUGAGCUUUGUCAAGGGCUGGGGAGCAGAGUACCAUCGUCAGGAUGUGACCAGCACACCCUGCUGGAUUGAGAUCCACCUCCAUGGUCCGCUCCAGUGGUUGGAUAAAGUCCUGACCCAGAUGGGCUCCCCCCCAGAUGCUAUAUCAUCCGUCUCCUAGGCUUCACUGACCCCAGGCCUCCAGCCCUGUGGCUGUCAGUACCCCAGCAUUUUGAUCCAAGAGGCAGGAAUAGCAGCUAGCUGGUCCUGGACCAGUUUGUGUUUUAGUUGUUUGUCCACAACUGGUUAAUUUUUGACUGAAACAUGAACUGACCUGGGACCUGCAGGAUUACGUGGGUUGUAUUGUGGGUAUUUCUACUUGAAGGACAUCUGAAAUGGGCACAUUCACAGACUGGGAAUGGAGUAAGCAAAGGGAGCGUGAUGCAUCUGAAAGAUACUUGAUCUUUGUGACCAACUGUAUUAAUUAGACCAUCUCACACACAAGUAUCCUCUCAUUACGUGCUCCUACAAGUUCAUGUUUGUUUCUUUUUAUUGUAUUGUUCCAAUAUUCUGACUCAUACCUAAUUUGUCUCUCAAUAUUCCUUUAGAUAUCCAGUUGUAAUUGUAAUGGGACAUUCCAAGGUCAUCAUAAAUUGCAGUUUGCUCAUGUUUUCUGUUUGAAUAAAGAAAUAUUGGCAUAAAUUGUACAUAAUGAAUGUGCAGUGUUAGUAGGGAUUUGGAGAUUGACCAGUGUUAAAUAUAUAUUUAGGAUAUUUACAGAAAAUGAAAAAGUAGGCUUGUUAUUUUAGGUAAAUAAAUGAAACACAUUCAGUGUAAUCCCUAAUCUUAUGUAGUAAUGCACGGUUUAACCGGUAUACGUUUGAUAUGAUAUCAAUUUACCAACCAUGAUUGUGCAUGACUGUCAUCAAAAUGCAGCAGCAGCUGCUGCUGUAGCAGUUGCGUGGAUUAAGACGUGCUCGUAAGGAAGAUGGGGUAACAGCAAUUAUACGAUUCUGGUUUGGGGUGAAUGACUCAGAUGUUGAGCAGAAAAUCAACAUCUGAGUCAACAUCUGCGGUAAUAGCUCGUCAAGGCUAAUUACCUUAAAUGUUCGUUUUUUAAAACACCGUGAACCCAAAGUUUUCCAAACUGUUUGGACAUCUCCUGUGACUUAGUUUGAACAAAUUUCCCUCUGCGGUUUCAUCUGUUUCUCACAUUUAGUAAAAAGGUCUAUUCUGAAAGCAGCUCCUCCUGCCACUGUGCUGCCGGUGCGCACCGCCAUGGACCAGACCUGCGGGUCAGCUAAUCUGAAUGCUGGUCUGAGCUCAGCUCAACAAAAGUAAAAGAAAUUGGAUAAGCCCUCGAACCUUAUUUUAUUGUUGUUGAUAAUAAAAUGCAGCAAAGCAUCAUUUUACCUGCUGUUUUCAGUGAAGCAGCGCUCAACUUCUAUGAGGAAAAGGAAAAACAUGAAAAAUGAACAAAUUAAAUCAGGAAAACAGGAAGAAAUGUAAUUCCUGUUUUACAUUUUUCAUCUCAGUUCAAACAAUUAAGAGUUGUGUUUCCAUCACAUUUAGCUUUUAUUUUAUUUAAAAUAUCUUCAUCUUUAAUAAUAUUAGAAGAAUUUUUGUGUUGCAUUAUUUGAAAAAGAAUCCUAACACAACAUAAAAAUGAUGAGAUGCUUUGUAUUUUUUUUAAAUAAGUUUUGAAAAUUUAGUAUUCUUUAAAUGGUAUUGUGUACUAUUUAGAAGAUUUGUUCUGCUACAAUUCAUCUGAGAAUAUUCAAAAACAGUCAUUUUGACAGGUAUAAACAGAAGAAAAUAAUAUACCACGAUAUAUAUCGUUACCACAAAGGCUUCCGAAAAUAUCGCAAUAUAAAUUUCCGGUCGUAACGCCCAUUCCUAAUCUGACACGAGCAAAAAAAAAGGUUUUUCAAUGGUAAAGCUUAGGGUUUAGGGGCACGGGAUUAAAAAGGCAUUUCAUACAUAAAAGAAUUAUCUUUCUCAUCAUGUUACACUUUAGUCUCUUAUUAAUUGAAUAAUGAUUGAAUUGUCUUUACUAGCUAUGUUCACUAUUAGAACAUGUGCUGUGCUGUCUGGUUUUGCAAAGCGUAGUGUGGUUAGUGUAGCAUUACGCCUAAAAGACCGGUAGCUGAACAUGGGUGAGACUGAAGAAAACACGUCCCAACACCAGGACUGGAAAUACGCCAUCUUUCAAAAGUUUUAGAAUAAGACCUUGUUUCUGGUUUAAAACUAAAUUCCACCUCUGUUUUUGGGAAUAAAAAACAAGGUCUUGCUGAAUAAUCAAAGGCUCCUCUCCAGCUCAAGCAAAUCAGUCAUUACUGAUUGAUGCAAUGGAUGUACCAGCAUGAUAAUAAGUAUCGAUAUUAGAUUUAAUGCAACAGACAGACCUGCUCAGCAUUAUGCUUGUAUAAGUUAUGAAAUUAGUUUAUACUAAUGUUUUGAACUCCUACUUUGAAGUUUGGAGUUUUCUGCACUCUGAAGCGAACAGUCUGGAAUUUGUCCUGACACUGUCGAAGCAGUUCAAAAAUGUUGCACCUUUUUCUUUACUUCAACCCAUCUGUCUCCUUCAAGAGUUCUGAGUAUAUUUUCUUUCUUUAUUUUAUUAUUAGUAUUUUUUUUUCCCCAGUUUUAGCUUAUUGUACUGUUAUUUUCCAAUGUUUUCUGUCACUAUCUUGCUGGAGGAAAAGCAAUUGUGCAAACUAGCUGUUGUUUAACUUUCUAUUUUCAUUCACCCUUAAUUUAUCUCCAUCAUAAUAAUAAACAUAAUUAUUUCCUGCUGUAUUGUCCUGCUUCUAAAGCAGGUUUUUUUUCAUAAAUGUUCAUUUUUACCAAUUUAUUGAUUAACAAAUGGCCAGUAUGUUUACAAAAGUGACUUCCAUUUUUAUUUUUUCUGCCCUUGUUUUGUUUUCAUUUCAUAAACUUUAGGCUUUUCUGUUUACCACUGAAUUAUUCAAGGACAUAAUGGACCUUAACAGCUUAAAUUGUCAAAAAAAACUUUUCAAAGUUUAUUUUUCUUAAACUUUUGAAAGGUUGUGCAAAUAUUUCAAUUACUCUCAUUCUGUUAAGAGUAACUUGGACGAAUGAAUUUUAAGGGAAAAUGUCUGUGUUAAGAUUUUAAUUGUUGACUGAUAAAUGGGUGUUCAGUAGUGAAUUUUAGAAAUUUUGUAUUAUUGUUAAAUCUCUCUUGUUUAAUUCCUUUGUGCUAGUAAAUUGCUACAAUCGAAAGAUUCUGCUUUGUAUUUUUAAUUAUGCAAUUUGGUUUGUCUGCACUUUCACAUUUAUUUUUGGCUCAGUAAAACUCCCGGAAAAGCUGUUCUAUUCCAUGAAUAUCAAGUCUCUACUGGAAAAAAAUGAAUGCAAUUGUUUAAAUGAU